UUGGCCGCACCGGGGACACAUUUGAAUGUAGCACUUUUCGGGCGGAAGUUUUGGUUUUGCAGCAGGUGAAUCGGAACACAAUACAACUUUUAACCGACGCUUGUUUUGGCGCCUGUGCCCCGGCGAGGAUUUUUCUUCUUUCCUGCCUCAAGAGAGCUGAGAUGUCGGGGUCGAUCCUGAGCAAAGCAACUGGUCUUUAUGAGCGGUACCGGGAGUACGUCGUGAAGAACCCCGCGGCAACCGCACAGCUGGAGAGGACGGUCCGGACCCUCUCUUACCUUACCGCCGGGAGAUUUGCAGAUUCCCAUGAAAUAUCUGAAUUAGUUUACUCUGCCUCCAAUCUCCUGGUGCUGUUCAAUGACGGUAUUCUGCGCAAACACCUCGGCUGCAGCCUCUUUGUGUCUCUCUCUCACCAGAGGCUCCUGACAUGGCUGUCGGUGUUGGAGUACGUGGAGGUGUUCCUUGAGAUGGGAGCCAAUAAACUGGGGGGCGAGGUGGGACGCUGGCUGGUCAUCGGACUCAUCCAGAUCACUAAGGCAGUUUUGCGUAUCCUGCUUCUCCUGUGGCACAACUCCGGCAUCCAGACUUCACCUCCCAUCAUCCCCCUGGACCGAGAUGCAGAGGUUGGUAAUGGAGAGGACUGCCAUGAUCACCAGGAUGAUGCCUGCUUCGUGGGCCAGCGGUCGGGACGAGUCCUGAGGUCUUUGGGAAGCGCCUCCUCCCUGAGUAGACUGUGGGGAGCUCCGGUCCAGCAGAAGAAGACCAGCCUGAAGGAGGCGCUCCGCAGGCAACCCACACAGCUGGGCCUCCAAGAGACCUUAGCAGAGUUCAUUUACAUUGGACGACCGCUGGCACACCUUCUCUGCCUUGCGCUCUGUGGAAAACAGUCAUGGAAGCCGUGGAUUGUCUCUGGAGUUCUGGAAGUUUCCAGUUUUGCUUUGCUCAGUGAGACCAAGUUCCACAACGGCUGGGAGCGAGCAGAGAUGAGGAGGAGAGGCUGUCUGCUGCUUUACUACCUCCUGCGCUCUCCUUUCUACGACAGAUACUCCCAAGCGAAGAUUCUUCUUCUGCUGCGUCUUCUGGCGGACAACGUCCCUGGCCUCGGGCUGCUGGCACGGCCUCUGAUGGAUUACCUGCCCGUCUGGCAGAAGAUCUACUUCUACAACUGGGGCUGAAGUCCUGCUGGAUCCACUGGAGAUGAACUGAGAGAUCUUCAUUUCAGCCAUAUAGCACACCGCAGUGACAGAUUGAAACUACUACCCCAUCAUCCAUCCUGGGCAAAUAUCAACCCUACGACUGACUGACUGACUGACUGAUGGGUGGAUGGAGCUUGCAUCUUUGACCUCUGAUGACCUAUGUCGGUAAUUAAUCUGUCAGUUAAUGGGCGCUCCCUGAACUGCAGGGGUACAUUAGAAUGACUCUAGCUUGACUGACUGUUGAAAUGAAGUUGUCCCUCUUUGGACUCCGGUCAAGGGGGCUUCAUGGAGUGUCUGGUCCUUAAAACGCUCCGUCAGCCUCACGUGAGGAGAAUCCCUUUUUAACCCUCUGGCGAAUGUGAUUUAAGAAUUUAUCUCUUCUUUGUGUUAUUGUCCAUUCUUCUUUUCAGUCAACAAAUUGUAAUAUUAAAACUGUUUGACAAUUUUUCUUAAACCUCUGUGGCGUUG